GCAGACUCGGCCCUUCUCUGCUGAAAAGGGAAGAUGAGACGCCGCUGCAGCGGUCCGGAACCGAACCGAGCCUUACUUCCAGCGGAAUGUCGGCGGCGCGGCUGCUGACUGAGAGGAGGCCGAGCUCAGCUGCUGAUCCCCGGCCCUGAACACGACGCGACCGCCGCCGGAGCCCCGCAGCCUGGAGGAGCAGGCGGGUGGAGCUGCAGCCCGCCGGGCCGUUCCGAGACAAGCCGAACCGAACAGAGUCAUCCACGGUUCCGACGGCGAUGCACAGAAUUUUACUGGACUGAAGUCUCGUCACGAACGCGUCCGGAAGCCAAACCUGAUCAGCCCCCGCCCCCUUAUACAGGCUGCAGCAUGGAGCGCUCCGGCAGCAUUCAGCUGGACAUUCCCGACUUCAGUAACUCGGUCCUGACCCACCUCAACCAGCUCCGCGUCCAGGGGCGUCUCUGCGACAUCGUGGUCAACGUUCAGGGUCAGAGUUUUCGAGCUCACAAGGUGGUCCUUGCCGCCAGCUCGCCGUACUUCCGGGACCACAUGUCGCUGAGCCAGAUGAGCACCGUGUCCCUGACGGUGAUCCGGAACCCGUCUGUGUUUGAACAGCUCCUGUCCUUCUGCUACACGGGUCGCCUGUGCCUGCAGCUCGCUGACAUCAUCAGCUACCUGACGGCCGCCAGCUUCCUGCAGAUGCAGCACAUCAUCGACCGCUGCACCCAGAUCCUCGAGGGGAUCCACCUCAAGAUCAGCCUGGCCGACCUGGACGAGGGGUCCCGGGACGAAGAGGUGGUUCGAGGGUCCAGGGGUAGCAGGACCCUGGAGGCCGUGGUACGGGGCCAUCAAGGUGGUUUACGGCUUCUCGGGCCACGGGGAGGGGUGGAGCAAUGCGAGGUUGUCAGCCCAGCAGAGGAACCCCUCAGCCCGCCGCCAACGGUGGAGCACAGCGGGCUCCAGGGGCCAGGGGCCACCAGCAGCAGAGCGGGAAAAGAACCCAUCCUACGCAUAAACCGGGCGGGGCAGUGGUACGUGGAGACCAGCAGCGAGCCGGAGCGGACCGACAGCGCGGAGGAGGGCACCGGCGUGGAUGGAGUUAGGAUCAAGACUGAGAGGAUGGAGGAUUGGAUCGGUGCCGGAGAGCAGCUGGAGGAGGGGGGCCCGGUGGAGGAGGGGGCGACGGUGAUGAUUGACACGUCUGGACGCAGCACAGUGGUGACGGGGCCCCUGGGAGCACUGGGGGCCCGCAGUGUGCAGCCGUCCUCCAGCUUCAGCGAGGCUGACAGGUUCAGUCCAACCGGCAGUGUGGUCGUCCUCACCGAGCGCCAGAGGGCGAAGAGCGAGUCUCCAAGUCGGGCCGACGAGCUGCGACAGCCGACCUCGCAGGGGGAGGAGCAUGCAGCGUUUGAUAUGGGCGGGUAUGAGGACUACCUGAGGGAGCAGGUGGGAGACCGCUGGUUCCGCUACAAUCCCCGGCUCACCUGCAUCUACUGCUGCAAGUCCUUCAAUCAGAAAGGCAGCCUGGACCGCCACAUGCGUCUGCACAUGGGAAUAACGCCAUUUGUUUGCCGCAUCUGUGGGAAAAAGUACACACGCAAAGACCAGCUGGAGUACCACAUCCGCAAGCACACCGGCAACAAGCCCUUCCACUGCCACGUCUGCGGGAAGAGCUUCCCCUUCCAGGCCAUCUUAAACCAACACUUCCGCAAGAACCACCCAGGCUGCGCCCCCCAGGAGGCCCACAGCGCUUCCCCCGAGACCACCACCACCUCUGUAACGUCCAGAGGAGGCCCGAGCGAUGAGGCCUCACCAAGCCAAGAGGAGCCAGAAGGCGGCGGGAGUGGUAAUGGCGGGGGGCAGUACGGAGAGGGCCCUCAAACCUCGGUGUCCACCACAGGGCCCGACUGACCUCAGCAACAGGAAGUGGGCGGGACUAGGCCAGUCUGAUCUUGUUGUACCUGACAGGAGCCAACAGACACCUCGGAGUCUGAACUGAGAUUUCUCUGCUUUAAACCGCAUCUACCUUCACUAACCAAUCAGAACAGAUUAAGCUAAUGAAGAAACGCCACACACUCCAACAACCUCAUACGCCACAGCGUUCAGUGGUCCUCGUUUGCCUCCGUUGAUUUACGUUAGUUUUCUACCUUUAUAUUCACCGGUUCACCAUGCAGCACCACGACAGACAGCCUGCCAAAAUACUCAGUGCCAGUUUUACGGUUCCAGUCCUUUGUUUUUGCCUUGAGACAAUCCGGAGCAGUCAGGUUAAUAUUUAUCACCCUCGUGCUCGCCAAGUGCCACACGGUGAAGACUGAGCCGUGGAGAGCGAGACGCUAAAGUCCAGUGUGAUUGGAGUCUCUUUUGAUCACAUUUCAAACUCGUGCUGUUUUUCACGACCCACCCCUCGUGCACGCCGCCGGGAAAACCCAAGUCCUCGUCGUUCGGAUGUCGCGGUUAGACGUUUGUAUGUUUUUACCUGUUUCGGUGUCGUGUUUCCUAAAUUUACUCUGAAGAUGUUGACUGCAGGUCUUUGAUGGAAGGGUGAAUUAGAAACCUAAACUUGAUUAGCGGCAGAUCGUUAAGCUCUAGCGCUAACUUACUGUAGAGGGUUAACGCCUUCGUCCCGUCAUGGUUCGGAGUAGGGAUGUCCCGUUCCGAUAUCGAUAUCGGAAGUAAUUCGAUAUCAGCCCAAAAACAGAGUAUCGGAUCAUAUCGGACGACAUCAAAAAUGUCCGAUAUGAGCAGUCCAUUAAGGGUUACGUAUUUGCAACCAAUGGUUAAGAAAAAAUAGUCUUUUUUUCAUACUUACUGUCAUUGGCUCUUGUUCUCCAAUUGAGUAAUAUCACUUCAUCAAACCUUUCAUAAGUUCCACACUACGAAAUAGGUAAAAGUAUGUGUGAUGCGUGCUGAUAUCGUAUCAGAUUGAUAUCGGUAUCGGUCAGUACUGAAGGCUGCAAUGUCGGAAUCGUAUCGGAAGUGAAAACGUUGUAUCGGGACAUCCCUAGUGCGGUGUAUACAACGUUUCCAGGUGAUCUGCUGCAGCAACGAGGAGCCGUGUGCUUUCGGCUGCCUGUUCCUUCACAUGAUGCUAAAUGAGGUUUUCUUUGGUCAUCCGGUCUGUUUUCUGUGCUUCGAUGAGAAGAGUGUUUCGUUUAGGGCGACGCUUUUUUCCCAGGCUGAACCGUGACUUGGACGAACUGUCGCAUCUCUACUAAACAUCGAGUAGCGCUUCUGCAAAUCUCAGCAUCACUGCGAGUACAGAGUAAUAAUAGUACUAAGUAGGACCAAAAGUAUUUUUAACAAAGUGUGUCUAUGAAUCAUUUUUUGUUGAACGUUACUUUAACUUGAAAUUACGUCGUUUUUCAUCAGAUGUUUUUAAUUAAACACCUAAAAUGAUUUUACUGCAUUUUUAGGACGUCUUGGUGGUGUUGGGUGUGGACUAAAUACAAACACGCUCGUUUGAAACCAGACAUGUAAUUUGGAUUAUUUUUAGCCAGAAUAUUUGAAGACCUCGUCGCCGAUGAAGAACUCUGAUCACACUGGCUUAUUAAUCUGGCUGUAAACUAUCGAACCUUCUCAGAUUAGCGCUGGAUCCUUGUGGCAGUGAAACCUUUAAGGAUCCGGUAGAUUAUUGUCAAACCCUCUGGCUGAACAAACUCAUCGUAGGAAAACUGGACGGCGUCCAGUCUCAGAUAAGCUACACAGCUCAGUUACCUCUCAUCACUACGCAAUACAGCUGCUGCAUUCUCCGCACCACCGGGGGGCGCUCUGGGGGUGCUCCACCCACACAGAGAUCUCCAUCAGUCUUCUCAGAUGUUUCUGUUUUCCUUGCAAACCAGCUAGUCUGUUUGGUUUGUGUUUACUGUACACUUUAGUGCUCUGACAAUGUGUGAAAGCUUGUUCGGAACGACCCGAUCGGACUUUUUGGGGACGUGUUGCGUCUGCUGCACCCAACUUCAAAUCUCAGAUAGAUCAGAACCUCUCGUUUCGCCUACCAAAAGCCACGAGCCACAACUUUAAAUCAGGUGGGGCUACAGUUGGUGUUCAGUUCUGUAGGUUGGUUAGGCCUGGUUAGUGGUUGAACCAGUCGUUCAGACAACCAGUACUUAAAUGUGAUAUUUAUUCCUACAGCUCUGGGUUAGGGUUAGGCCGAUUCACAUAUCACACUGGUUCCUUUAUUAUUUAACUUCUUGCUAACAAAUAAUUUGGACAAAAAUCACCUUUGGCUAGUUGAAAGUCGCUAUAUAGUUAGCGGCUACGCGUUGCUUACUGCGCUAACCUGCUUACUCGCAGUUUGAACUUAGGUUUGAUCAUUUAUUAACGUUUUAUAUUUCUCAACAAUGAUCAGAAAAUAUAAUUUCAAUAUAAUAUUAAUACUGUUAGUUCAUAUUAAAGCCAUAAACAGACGUAAUCAUGUUUUUAUUACUUUAAGCCCAGACUUAUCCAGUCUCUAGGGUCAAUCUGAAUUAUUAGACAAAGGUGAAACUGAGAUUUUAACGUGAGUGCAGAAGAAGCAACACAUCGCUGAUGGCUGGGUUCGUGUUGAGCAAAAAGGACACGGAGCCCUGUCAGACGUGAUGGAUGUAGUAGCCGGACCGUGGAGCUGGAUUAGGAUUACAAUCCAGAGGUUCACCUUCCAGAAGGAGGGCACAGGUCAGACUCACUGGCAACCAAAGGACAGCGGCGCCAUUUAGGUUCUCAGAAACGCCAAAAAUUACGUCGGCGAGAGAGUCCCGGACAAACCAGUUUUUAUAAAGCAGAACAAGAAGAAAUCUACACAUAUUUGACAAAUGUAUUUAAACUACUAAGAUACUUGUUUGUUUUUUUUACUUAUAAAUGAUGUUCGGAGCCGAGUCCAGACGAGCGGAGAUUUGGGAGGUAGCACACGGACCCACUGUUACUGUUUUCUACAGAACUGUGAAUCAGAUUCUCAGUGGACAGAAAAUGUUUUUAUGCAAGUGAAGCCAGCGGCUCCGCCCUUCCGCCGAGUGACUCCUCCCACAGCGAGAGCCGCCGCCGCGCUGACACUCUUCAGGCUUACCCAGGAUCUAUCAGGUAUAAAGACUUUCUCCUUUUUCAUUAAGUGGACGUUUCCUUUUGUAGCAGAGCGUUAACGGCUAAACCUCAGUGCAGUUUGCACACUGCAAAAAUAAAAUAACCUGUCAACACACACGCUAGCAGCAGGUCAAAUCCACCCCCUGUACGAGAUUACAGGCGGAAGCAAAACCAGGGCUGGGCAAUACGGAACAAAGGGUUUAGGAUUAUUAAAACCAGAAAACCUCGUCUGUGUCCUGCAGCCCCCAGGGAGAGCAGGUUUCACUUUUACUUCAGCGGUUCUGAUGGGCUUAGGGCAGGGGCCAUUUUAAAAAACGACCUUGAAGUUCGAGGUCCGGUCCCGGGGCGGUACAGUCACCAAUACACACCAGCACCGUUCCUACCCCGCCGGCGCGAGGGCGACAGCCGGCCUGGGGGGGUGCUGGUGGGUCGGACCUUAGGCUUUAGGGUGUGUUUUAACACACACGCGCAUUUAUCAGGCUCAACUAUAAAAAACAAGUCAAAUGAUUUUUGGCCAAACUAAACAAGAUUCUGACCAUAUCUGGAAUUCUCAAACGUUCUUUUAUAAACACAAAAAAGAAACUUCAAUCAAAACGGUCCUAAAUCAACCAGCGAGCAUUAGUGCCACGUCCUUGAAAUAUCAAAAACAAGCAUUUAGUUUGGGGUAAAGUUAAAAUAUACAGGAAAGAAAUCGGAAAUAUUAAAUGUGAAUAAAGUUGAAAAUAGUUUAUUUCUAGACAAACAAGAGAAAUCCAAACUCUGUGCUCUUAAAGCUGACCUCAUUUAUUUGGUUUAAUAUUUUCCUAAUAGUUUAUUAAAUCCUGUUCUGAGAUUUAUAAAACAAUAUGAAUAAAACUGUAUUACAUUUUUCAGAUAUUUGAGGUACAUGUGUGUGUUUGAGACUCUUACUGUGAAGGAUUAAAGGAAGUUAAGUAUACUGCUCUUUAACAAAUGGUAGGGGCGGAGCAAAUGCAAGAAUUUCCCCAAAUAUACAAAAUCUGAUCUCUUAUAGAUGCUGCUAUAAGCAGCCUAAAGAUAGCAUCACAUAUAAAUAAAAUGUGUCCGUUUAUUCAGUAAAAUGAACCCACAAUCCCCUGUUAAUAUAAUAAUAAACAGAAUAAAUACAGUCGAAACUGGUUUAUGUUAUCUCGCUAAUCUGAAAAUUACUCCCUUUUUAUAUAUUUUUGUAAAAUAGUAUUUCUCUUUUUUUUUGUGUUUAAAAAUCAACUUAAUUUUCAAUUUGCUUUCUCUGAAUGGUACGAAUGCUCAGCUCAGAGUGAGAGCGAAAUUCUCCAGAUGCUAAUUCUUAGCUAGUUAGCAUUAGCUUGUUCCGUUAAUAUUAUUUUAACCAAACAGGACUUGAAUCUGCGACAUCAAAAACUUUUAAUUACUGUUAAAAAUGCAAUGAAGUUAUUUAUUUUUUUAAUACAUCAAAACAAGUAGGAUUUGUGUCCUCGAGAUAUGUAAAAACAUAACUGGUCACAUUAGCCAGAGCUGAAGCUAAAAUGUAGUUUGAGAGUUUCUGGUAUGUUUGUGUCGUGUUAGUGAAGGGUUAGGCUUUUCCCAAUGAUACAAAGGUCUGAAAUGUUUGUAUAACAGAAUACCUCACUUAAGUUUUUCCUUGGAUUGUUAGCCUGUCAUGCUAACAUAAGCUUUGUUAGCUAGUUAGCUUAGCAUAGUUUAUUACUGAUGGAUUUUUUUUUAAUUUAUUUAUUUUUUUGGUCUUUUAAAAUAUUUUAAGCAAAAUCAAUGAAUAAAUGUUAAAAAGUUGGACAUGUUGUCCACCUCUCGAUAUGCAAGCACUGUUAAGAAACUACAGGAACAAAGUGAUGAACAGCUUUGAUUAUUGGUUGUUUGUAAGAAGAAAACAGUGUCCCAGACGCUCGGAUCAUUUUAUGUUCUGGUUUCAGGUGUUUGGGAUUUGUCUCCAGUCUACAAGAGAACAUUAGGAAUACUGUAAAAAUAAAAUAUAAAUAAAAUAAGGAGGAAAAAAACAAGAUUAAAAAAUCUCAAAAUGCUUGGAAAAAUCAGGAAUAUUAGUUUGCCAAAUAAUUUAAAUUAUGUUAUUUCUAGAUGACUCGAGGACCAGAUUUCUAGAUGACUCAAGGACCAGAACACUUUUUUUUGUAACCGGGGGUUCUGGUUGUUUUUUCGCUGAGUAAAAUAUUAAAACACAAGACACUUUGAAUACAAGCGGCUUUCUUUAGGCUACCACAAUAAGAGCCUCAAACAUACAAGAGUAUCUCAACUCAUCUUGAGCAUUUAAAAGUAGCAUGAGUUUCAGAGAAAAUGAUCUGAUCUACCUACCUUAUAGGAUUCUUCUAAAACUAGCUGCUUUCAAAAAACUACCAGAAAAAGUAUGGCCAUAUCGACUUUGUUCCCCACAUUUCCUUCCAUCCAUCCAUUUUCAUCCGCUUAUCCGGAGUCGGGUCGCGGGGGCAGCAGCCAAAGGCGAGAGGCCCAGACUUCCCUCUCCCCAGCCACUUGGGCCAGCUCCUUCGGGUGAAUCCCAAGGCGUUUUAGGAGAUUUAGAGGAGCUGAUUCUCAUCCCAGCUGCUUCACACUCGGCUGCGAACCGCUCCAGCGAAAGCUGAAGAUCACGUUCUGAUGAAGCCAACAGGACCACAUCAUCUGCAAAAAGCAGAGACCUGAUCCUCAGGCCACCAAAACGGAUGCCCUCCACACCUUGGCUGCACCUAGAAAUCCUGUCCAUAAAGGUUUUGAACAGAAUCGUGACAAAAGGCAGCCUUGCCAGAGUCCAACUCUCACUGGGAACAAGCCCGACUAACUGCCGGCAAUGCGGACCAAGCUCUGACCAGGGCCCGCCUGGUCUGACCGGCAUCCUCCUCCACCAUCUGAGCCAGCUCACCACCAGGUAGUGGUCAGUUAACAGCUCCGCCCCUCUCUUCACCCGAGUGUCCAAGACAUGCGGCCGCAGGUCAGAUGAAACUACAACAAAGUCGAUCAUCGAGCUGUGGCCUAAGGUAUCCUGGAGCCAAGAGCACAUAUGGACACCUUUAUGUCUGAACAUGGUGUUCAUUAUGGACAAUCCAUGACUGGCACAGAAGUCCAAUAACAAAACACCACUCAAAUUCAGAUCAGGGGGCUGUUCCUCCGAACCACACCUCUCCAGGUCUCACUGUCGUUGCCCACGUGAGCGUUAAAGUCCCCCAGCAGAACGAGGGAGUCACCGGAAGGAGCGCUUUCCAGCACCCCCUCCAAGGUCUCCAAAAAGGGUGGGUAGUCUGAACUGUAGUUUGGUGCAAAAGCACAGACCACAGUCAGAACCCAUCCCCCCACAUGUAGGCGGAGGGAGGGUAUCCUCUCAUUCACUGGGGUAAACCCCAACAUACAGGCACCAAGAUGGGGGGCAACUAGUAUGCCCACCCCUGCUCGGCGCCUUUCAGUGGAAGCAACUCCAGAAUGGUAGAAAGUCCAACCCCUCUCAAUGGAAACGGGUUCCAGAGCCAGAGCCAUGCGUUGAGGUGAGUCCGACUAUAACUAGUUGGAACCUCGCAACUUCACACACCAACUCAAGCUCCUUCCCCACCAGAGAGGUGACAAUCCAUGUGCCAAGAGCCAGCUUCUGUAGCUGAGGAUCAGACCGCCAAGGGCCCCGCCCUCGACUACCACCCGUCACACACUGCACCCGACCCCGACUUCCUCCUUUUUUAUUAUUAUUGUUUUGGUUUGUUUUUACAUUAGACCUAAUAAGUGGUACUUUACCAAGGAGUAGUGAAGACAUGUCAGGUAGAAACACAUGAACUUAAGCCAGUUAGCGUCCUAAACUAACUGCUGCAGAGCAGGUCCAGUCCGGUCCUGCUAAGAGGAUCCUGGGGCAUGGGGGUCGAAUCAGAGAUGUUCUCAUCGGCCGGUAGCUUUUACCGUGAUUCUUUUUCUUUACUUCUGCCUUUUAUUUUCUUCAACCUUUUUGUUGAGCCGUGAUGGAACCCAGGGAUUCAGAUUUGUUUAUCUUUAAACUUGUAAAACUUGCCCUUAUUGGUCGUUUACUCCUCAUAAACAACAGUUUUGUUGGCAUCCAAAGUGGAAUUCCAAAAUACGGGCUUAUUGUUAUUUAGUUCUAAUUAUUCUGAGCUCUAGAAUGAGAAAAGGGAGGUCAAGAAGGUCAACGUAUGUUUGUCUAGUAACAGUGGAGACUGAGCUUUCCGGGGGAGAGCCCCCUAGAGGGCGUCACAGAUCAUGACAGCGUUGAUGAUGGGAGUUUCCAAAAGGUCUCAUAGCAUUUGUUAUGAGGGACCUCAGGGUCUUGCUCUUGGCUCACUGAAAAUUUUAAUACGUUUUACAAACUGGAAUAAUCAUUGGAAAGUCCUCCUGCGUGUCAGAACCAUCUUUUCCAGUAAGUUUGAGAAUUGAGACAACUUUGGGAGGAGAUGGAGACUAACUUACAAACAAAAUCAGAAGAAGAUGCAAAUAUAUUUGACGAUUUGUGAUUAAAAUGCAAGAAGAAAAUCUGUGUACAUGUUUUUGAAACUAUUAUCAGUUUGGACAACAAUGUAGCAAAUGUGAAAUUUAAGAAAAUGAUAAAAUUCCCAGCAGCAUUUUGUCUCAAACCCGUCUCGAACCCGGUGAGAUACUGGAUCAACCUAAAAGCCCGUUCAGCAACCAGAAAACAACAAACACGUCUCAGACGUUUGGGGGGCUCCAGUGCCGUCGCCGGUACCUUAAAGUGCCAAACAGCAGAAUUUUUUAGGCUUCAUGUGAUGCGUUUCUGAUUUUUAUGAAAGCUUUGAUUGUUGAUGUUUCAGGACAAACGUGAGUUCUCGCUUAUCACAAUCCGACCUCCUCCUCUAGCAGGUUUCACUUUUAUUUCCAUACUGUGAAAAACAGCCAAACCUCUUCAUCAUCAGCAUGAUGAAGAUGAUCUGGGCUUCACUGUCCGAGUUUCUUUGAUGCUCUGCUUUGUUUCUGAUGAUCAACGUGUUUGCUUUAACAGGCCAGCUGAUUUGUGUUUAUUGCUUUAAUCUGAAACUACUUGCUUUUGUUUUCUUUACUCUGUGAAUUUAUUGAUGAUUAUAAUCUCCAGUAACUUUGACCACAAUAUGCCUAAUUAUAAAUGAAAUCAUUUAAACAUAAUCGCUCGAUGAGAUUACUCUGUACUGUUGAUUACUUAAAGUAUAUCCUAAUAUAUUGAAGCAGGAAAUAGAAAGAAAAAAAUGAAUUUACUAAAAGAUCUUUUAAUAUUGUACAUUUUUAAGGGAGGUACCUAACGAGCUCUUAAGAUGAACCUGAAAGGUUUUGUGUGAAGAUCUUUUAUGUUGCAUGUGUCUGUUGCUAACUCAUGUUGGUGUGUGUGCGCGCACGCCUGUGUGUGUGUGUGUGUGUGUGUAAGAGAGAGAGAGUGUGAAAGGCCAAAGGUUGGCUAGUUUAGAAAAUGUGAAGAUGCUUCUUUCACUAUGACCACUAGAUCACUCGCAGGUUGUUUCUCCUUCUGAGGAAAUAAAGCACUUUAAGUGUUGAGCA